UCACCAGGGAUGGGGCAGGGCAGGGCAGGACGGAGCUAGUUGCCCAACAGCGGAAGGAGUGGGCCACAAUGGCAGGUCCCUCCAGCUGGCAAACAGACUAUGGCCCCCUGCCCUCGCAGACCCCCGCCGUGACUCCAGAGCCCUGGGAAAGAGCACCACGGAACCAUGGCCCUCGGACCCGCUGACAGAGCAGAAGACCGCCCUUCCACGAGUCCAUCUUCCCACAAACACUUACCAAGCACUUGUCAGGCCCCAUGCACAGGGCAGGAGACACACAGUGAAUGGCCCCGUCACACCUUCACGAAGCAUCUUUAUAUCCAUGUUUAACCCAGACGUCUCCGUAGAGCGUCCCUUGGUCCAUCACCCCGUUGGAAAGAGGGUUUUGGGGGGCACGAAGGCCCUCCCCAUGCACUGCCCUCAGAUAGGAAACAAGGGCCUAUUUGGGAGACAGGAGCAGGCAAUUACCAAAGGACACAGGGGGCGGGCUGGGGUGUGUGUGUGGACACGCUCUUUCCAAGCUGAGGUGUGGAAGAUGAGCAGGAAGAGCUAGGACCUGGCAUGGCUGGAGCACGGGAUGAGCAGAGGCAGCACCUGCCUGGAGGCCCCCAGAGCCAGGGGGAAGACUGUCCUGAGGGCGGUGGUGAGAACGGGAGCGCUUCAAGCGGCAGAAGGACAGGGUCAGAUUUGGGUUUUUAUACCAUCUCACUGGCUACAGCUGCAUGUAAACAGAUGAUAGAGCUAAGGAUGCAGAGUGACCAUCAGAACAGUGGUGGCCAAUUAAAGGUGGCAACCAAGGAUGCUGCCCAGGCUUCUGACAUGGGUGACUGGGAGACUGGAGGGGCCACUUACCAGGCAGGAGCUUUGGAGCCCACAAAGGGGAGCUUGAAGGGGAGAGGCCAGGAGGAAGUCCUGGUUUCCGGGUGCCUCAGGCUGGCUGGUCACCAUCUGCUGAACACUGUUCCUCUCCCGCAGGUGGUCGAUGGCAUCGAAGUCUACGGCACCAAGGUCCACUGCAAGGUGACCUCCCGCUUCGCUCACAAUGUCGUCACCACCAGGGCCGUCAACCACGCAGACACUGCCAAGGAGGUUUCUUUCAAUGUGGAGCUGCCCAAGACAGCCUUCAUCACCAACUUCACCUUGACCAUUGAUGGUGUUACCUACCCUGGGAAUGUCAAAGAGAAGGAAGUUGCCAAGAAGCAGUAUGAAAAGGCCGUGUCCCAGGGCAAGACAGCUGGCUUGGUCAAGGCCUCUGGGAGGAAGCUGGAGAAAUUCACCGUCUCAGUCAAUGUGGCUGCAGGCAGCAAGGUCACCUUUGAGCUAACCUACGAGGAGCUGCUGAAGAGGCACAAGGGCAAGUACGAGAUGUACCUCAAGGUCCAGCCCAAGCAACUGGUCAAGCACUUUGAGAUCACAGCAGACAUCUUCGAGCCCCAGGGCAUAAGUACGCUGGAUGCUGAAGCCUCAUUCAUCACCAAUGACCUCUUGAGCAGCGCUCUCACCAAGUCCUUCUCAGGGAAAAAGGGCCACGUGUCCUUCAAGCCCAGCUUGGAUCAACAACGUUCAUGCCCAACCUGUACGGACUCCCUCCUCAAAGGAGAUUUUAUCAUCACCUAUGACGUGAACAGAGAGUCUCCUGCCAAUGUGCAGAUCGUCAAUGGCUACUUCGUGCACUUCUUUGCACCUCAAGGCCUUCCGGUGGUGCCCAAGAACGUGGUCUUCGUGAUUGACGUCAGUGGCUCCAUGCACGGUCGGAAAAUGGAGCAGACAAAGGAUGCCCUCCUCAAAAUUCUGGAGGAUGUGAAAGAGGAUGACUACCUGAAUUUCAUCCUGUUCAGUGGAGGUGUGACCACUUGGAAAGACACUUUAGUUCAAGCCACUCCUGAGAACAUCCAGGAGGCCAGGAAAUUUGUGAUGAAUAUUCGUGAUCAAGGAAUGACCAACAUCAACGACGCGCUGCUGAAGGGCAUCAGUAUGCUGAACAAGGCCCGGGAGGAGUACAGAGUCCUGGAGAGGAGCACCUCCAUUGUCAUCAUGUUGACCGACGGGGACGCCAAUGUGGGUGAAAGCAGACCUGAAAAAAUCCAAGAGAAUGUGCGGAAUGCCAUUGGUGGCAAGUUCCCCUUAUAUAACCUGGGCUUUGGCAACAAUCUGAAUUAUAACUUCCUGGAGCGUAUGGCCCUGGAGAACCACGGGCUUGCCCGCCGCAUUUAUGAGGAUUCCGAUGCCAACGUGCAGUUGCAGGGCUUCUAUGAGGAGGUGGCCAACCCGCUGCUGACAGAUGUGGAGGUGGAGUACCCUGAGAAUGCCAUCCUGGACCUCACCCAGAACAGUUACCAGCACUUCUACGACGGCUCUGAGAUUGUGGUGGCUGGGCGCCUGGCAGAUGAGGACAUGAACAGCUUUAAGGCGGACGUGAAGGGCCAUGGGGCCAUCAACGACCUGACAUUCACUGAGGAGCUGGACAUGAAGGAGGUGGAGAAGGCCCUGAAGGAGCGGGACUACAUUUUUGGGAACUACAUUGAGCGGCUCUGGGCCUACCUCACUAUCGAGCAGCUGCUGGAGAAACGCAAGAAUGCCCAUGGCGAGGAGAAGGAGAACCUCACAGCCCAGACCUUGGACCUGUCCCUCAAGUACCACUUCGUGACUCCACUGACCUCCAUGGUGGUGACCAAGCCUGAGGACAACGAGAACAAGACAGCCAUUGCCGACAAGCCUGGGGAAGGGCCUGUGGAUGCAGAAGUGAUCCCCUCCAUGGCUUACCUGACCAACUCCCAGCCUCCCCAGACACCCUACUACGUGGAUGGGGACCCCCACUUCAUCAUCCAAGUUCCAGAGAAGGACGAUGCCAUCUGCUUCAACAUCGACGAAGAGCCAGGCACAGUGCUGCGCCUCAUUCAGGACCCUGUCACAGGCCUCACAGUUAACGGGCAGAUCAUUGGUGAGAAGAGAAGCAGCCUGGACUCCCAGACCAGAAAGACUUACUUUGGCAAGCUGGGCAUUGCCAAUGCUCAGAUGGACUUCCAGAUUGAGGUGACACCGGAGAGGAUCACCCUGUGGCAUGGGGCUGCACAGAGCACGUUCAGCUGGCUGGACACGGUCACGGUCACACAGGAUGGACUGUCUGUGACGAUUGACAGGAAGAACAUGGUGGUCUCCUUUGGAGAUGGGGUUACUUUUGUGGUUGUCUUGCAUCAGGUGUGGAAGAAACAGCCCAUCCACCAUGACUUCCUGGGCUUCUAUGUAGUGGACAGUCAUCGGAUGUCAGCACAGACACAUGGGCUGCUGGGACAAUUCUUCCACCCCUUUGACUUUAAAGUGUCUGACGUCCACCCAGGCUCUGACCCCACAAAGCCAGAUGCCACAAUGGUGGUGAAGAACCAUCGGCUGACGGUUACCCGGGGCUCCCAGAAGGACUACAGGAAGGACGUCAGCGCUGGCACAAAAGUUGCCUGCUGGUUCGUCCACAACAAUGGGCAAGGGCUGAUUGACGGCGUCCACAGCGACUACAUUGUCCCUAGCCUGUUCUGAGUGGACAUGCCAGGUCCUACUGAGGCGGCUGGCAGGGCUUGCAUGGCAUCUGGAACAGAGGCACAGAGUGGGGCCUGAUGGAGGGCUGUGACAGUAAAGGCCAAGGAGAAACCGGA